UUAAUAAGGACAAAGAUGUCAAGAAUGUCAGAGACACCGAUCACAAUUGAUCAUCAAUCAAAUCAUUCCCGAAAUGAUGCAGCUAGUCUUAAUUGGAUUCAGUUUAAUUUUGACUAUUUUAAAACGAAUGGCGGCAUCCUUAAAGUCAUACAAAUGGUACUCUCCAUAAUUUGCAUGGCUCUUGCGGCUCCGGCUUACUUAAAUGCGACUCAUUUCUUCUUAUUUGCCGUUGUCAUUACUUUUAUUGGAGUCGUGCUAUGGUCAUUCGCAUACUUUUUGGGUAUCAAAGAUGUUCUCAGUUUACCUAUUAAUUGGACGCUAAGUGAAUUUGUGAACUACGUGAUUGCAACCAUGCUUUUGUUUCUUGGAUCCAUCAUUCAACUGUCUUCAUGGCUGAGUGUGGAUCUAGUGUAUCAAGGAAGAAAUAUUGCAGCUGCAUUUUUUGGUAUUAUAGACACAAUUGCUUUUGGACUCUCUGCACACAUGCUAUAUCUUCAAUAUAAGUUUGACAGAAGUACUUAAGUAGUACUCAGUAUUAUUGUCAGCGGUGGAGCUAGCGAAUGGUUAAGUUUUUCUUAAAAUUCUUAGGAGUCAUUUAUUUAUUACGUUCGCUCUUUCGGGCAGGGGGGGGGGG